UGUGGCUCUGGCGGUGCACCGGGCCCUCCGAGGGGGGCGCCGGGGCCGCGCGAGGUCCGCCACUGGGCGGGCCCAGGCCUGGGCCGAUGCCUGCCCUGAGCCAGGUGCUGACUGCGGCGGCCCUGGCGGUCGGGUCGGCCCAGUUCUCUGGAUUCGCCGACGGCAAGGGCAGGGCGCCGUCCCGGAAAAGAACGAAAUUCCAAGGUGCACCUGGCGGCAAAGGCCGCGGAAUGGAUGGCGUGGCGCACUGGGACCCGAGCAGCAUCCACAACCCCAGCCUCACCAUGGCGACUAGCGAGGUGUGCAAGGUGAUGGCUCCCCUCUGGCUGACCGCCAGAAGGCUUCUGGGCGAUACUUCCGCGGUCGGCUUCUCGGACCAGGAGUGCUCGUUCCUCCACGAGUACUACAAGGGCCCGCACGUACCCCCGAGGCUCAGGGACUUCGGCUACAAGGUUCCGACGGAUUGCCUCGGCUAUGUGGGCAUCUAUAAGAGCGCGUCCAGUGAGACGCUGUGUAACUUGCGCAACAACUUGGGGAGGAGGCCGAGGUGGGCCCAAGGCAUGGCCAAUAAUAUACUACAGAGAAUGAUCCAGAUACACAUGUUCCCAGUACUGAAUGAGUCUGCGGACGCCGUGGUGGAUCCGGAUUCGAAGUACUACGAGGACAAUCCGCAGGACCUGGCGCGGUCCCAGCGCGAAGGGAGGCCGCGCCACGGCACGGCCUUCACGUGGGUCCGGGAGCCCGCGCUCCGGUUCGUGUCCGGUUAUUCCGAGAUCGAGUAUUACUUCACGAUUGGGGAGCCGUACUUUUUUUACGAUUUCGUUCUGCACAGCCCGCAGCAACGCGAGAGGUACAGACCUGGCCACAUAGUCGGUCAGGCCAAGAGGGCUUGCGUAGGCUGUUCGUUUUGGGAUGACGCGGUGAAUUCGUCUGCUCGAGCCAAGCAGUUCGUGCUGGAUUUCUUGAAGGUUGGCAUGCGACCAGAGUUCUUAUGGCGGCAUAUUUUCCCACAAGUGGCGCAAGCCAAUGUGUUUUUUGAUGCGGCAGGCCCUUUGGAUUUUGUCUGUCAUUUGGAGUCCUUUGAGCGAGGGUGGGAGUUUGCUGGUAUGAUGAUCAAUCGGCAAUUGAGUCCUUUUAACAGGUCGUGCCGAGACACGGGCUACUCUGGAUCUGGGUCGGGUUUCGAACCACGGGAGACGAUGAACAAUGCCAUCUUCGGCACUGAGGACGUCUCCUCUGAGACCUGCGCCGCAGACGGCAAAGGCUCUCGUUGCGUGAUAUCAGACCCCGAACCAAACCUUCGGGUCUGUUUUGGAGGUCACCGCGGCGAUCGCGGUGGCCACAAAUCGGGGCAAGGGUUUUUGUCAUGGGGUGGCAUGCCUCAUUCUCCUUCCCCCCUCGCUCUGAAAUGCGGGCGUGGUUCAGAAUGAACCAUCUAAAUAUAUGGAGACAGAGAGAAGUCGAUCUAUGUCCAGCAUGGGCAGUCAUGCUUUCGUUGGUCCGGGGUCGCUUAUCAUGCAACCAGGCUCGGAGGCCUGCAGAACUGGAGGCUCCGGAGGCGCGUCUGAUGUCGCAAAGAGUUUGGGCUGCGCACUGCUGCUGCCCGAUUACGUCUGCUUCGGGUACAAGAACAUCGUGGAGCCCGCCGACUGCGUGGCGGCGGGUUUCGCCGACUCCGUCCAGCAGUGGGAGGAGAUCCAGCUGGCCGUGCGCAGAGAGAUCUGCCCCGGCGUGCGCAGGUGGAUCGGCGGCCUGUACGACUCUGGGCCCCUGGACGCCAGCACGGUCCAAGAGGUCUUCCGAGAGAAGCUUGCCGACGGCAUGUAGGCCGCGAGUAAUCGGAGGGCCAAGAGGUCACGACGAUGAUGGUGCGUUCCAGGAUUUUGUCCAGGAUUUGUCCAGGCGAUCCCGGACGCCCUAGUGUUGCACACGGGCUGCAGAAACGAGGGCCGCUAGAUAUUCUUGGAAAUCCUGGAGCGUAUCCCGAGCCUGUCCUGACAUGGCAUCGCUCCCGCAAUAAAAGUCACCCCGCGCGAGGCGGCGAUGGGGCGUCGGAGGCGGACAGCUCUCCUCUGUCGGGCCCGGGUGCAAGGACAGCACAACCCACCCUAACCCUUUGGCUUGUGAAAGUCGAUUAAUGGAGAGGAAGCGUGCUGCCAAAUAAUUUCCAGAUGUCUAAAAGGUGUCU